AUGAGCAAAAUGUUGGCUCGUUCUUGCUAUAUUACUGCAUUAUUUCUAAUAUUACCUUUAAACUGUCACGAAGGUAAUAUGACGAAUAUGUUCGACAUAAGAGACGAACAAAAUACGGUGGAAAAAUAUGUGGCAGCUGUACUGUUUUCUCUACUGUUGUUGUACGGUAUUGUUGGCAACAUAUUGCUGGCGAUCGUAUUCUGUAGUCGAGAAAAUCUUUACAAUCGCGCAUUCAUCCUUAUCACAUCACAACUUAUUAUUUGUAACUUCAUGACCUAUACUCAACAAGUGACCAUUGUUUUGCUUCAGUUACUAAAGAAUGAAACUUCUGAUG